GGCUAAUGGGCUACUGCCCGAGUUUUUAGCGGUAGAACGGAAACGAGAGCCAGGAGUUGGUAAGUGACGUACAGUAGUACAAGGGUUACUUUGUAUGACUCCCUUGCUUAUGGAGAGACAACGGGACAGUCAUUCAAUCCCGCCUUCAGCAGCCGUGGCAGCCGCAGUUACAGGGGCUGCAGUCAGUCACCCGAAUUUAAGAAAGAAGGAAGAAAAAGUUUCAGGCGAAAAGAGAUCUGUCUGAACUCCGGGUGGUGUGGGCGGAGGUGGCAGCCGCGGACGAAGGAGGGAUUGUAAUAGAGUACAGGAACUGCUGGGGCGGGGGGAGUGAGGGUGGAAGGAGGAGGACUCGUGGAGCUCUACUCCCCCAGAGCGAGGCGUUUCCACCCCUCUCUUCCCAAGGGCUGGGAGCCCCGAGUUAAAAGAGUGAUGAAGAUCUCUUAGGAGGCUGGAGUUGGGAGAGUACGGGACGUACACACCCAGAUCUGGAGGGGGGAGAAAAAGAGAGGCGGAGGAGAGAGGGAGUAACUGCUAGGGAGCCUCUCGCCUGUACUUCGGCCUGAGAAGUUGGAGCAAGUACCCGCCGGACCAUUUAGCUCAUCCCUGGUUGGGGCUGAAGCGGGGUGUCUUGUGGCAGCGAACCGGGGAGGCUUUAGAGACCAUGGAGAGAGACGGAGGGGAGAAAAGGAAAGAAACAGUCUCAGGAGAAGAAGGGGCCCAGGGGCAGGAGGAACCAAGGAGACACAGGCAGCAGCGGCGCCGGCGAAGGAGGGAGAGUAAGACCAGGACCGUGCGCUCCAACCUGCUGCCGCCCCCGGGGGGUGGGGAGCCCGAGGUGGUUGUGAAGGGGACUUCGCAUCCGUGGCGGCGGAGGCAGGGAAGUUCCCAGUACUUGGCUGACAACCGCCUGAAGACCACCAAGUAUACCGUGCUCUCCUUCCUGCCCAAGAACCUCUUCGAGCAGUUUCACCGCCUGGCCAACGUGUACUUCGUCUUGAUCGCUCUGUUUAACUUUGUGCCGGUCUUGAACGCCUUUCAGCCGGAGCUGGCCCUGGCGCCCGUGCUCUUCAUCCUGGCCGUCACUGCCAUCAAGGACCUUUGGGAGGACUACAGCCGCCACCGUUCGGACCAUGAGAUCAACCACAUGGAUUGCCUAGUCUACUGCAGGGAUGAAAAGAAAUAUGUGAACCGAUAUUGGAAAGAAGUCCGAGUUGGAGAUUUUGUUCAGCUUCGAUGUAAUGAAAUCAUACCUGCUGACAUAUUGCUGCUCUCUUCAAGUGACCCUGAUGGUCUCUGCCACAUUGAAACUGCCAACCUCGAUGGAGAGACUAAUCUGAAACAGCGGCAGGUGGUGAGGGAAUUUUUAGAGCUGGAUGCUGAAUUCAAUCCCAUGAAAUUCACCAGUGUUAUUGAAUGUGAGAAGCCAAAUAAUGACCUAAGUAGGUUUCGAGGUUACAUUAUACAUGAAAAUGGGAAAAAAGCUGCACUUUAUAAAGAAAAUCUAUUGCUGCGUGGAUGUACCAUAAGAAAUACAGAAGAGAUAACAGGAAUAGUCAUCUAUGCAGGACAUGAGACUAAAGCUUUGCUAAACAACAGUGGUCCCCGUUAUAAGCGAAGUAAGCUUGAAAGACAAAUGAAUAUGGAUGUCCUCUGGUGUGUCCUUAUACUCAUAGUCAUGUGUCUACUUUCAGCUAUUGGUCAUGGACUGUGGGUGUGGCAGUAUGGAGAGAGGAAGAAACCAUUAUUUGAUGUUCCCGAAUCAGAUGGCAGCUAUUUGUCUCCAGUUCUAGCUGCAGUAUAUUUAUUUUUGACAAUGAUAAUAGUUCUUCAGGUUCUAAUCCCAAUUUCCUUAUAUGUUUCCAUUGAGAUUGUCAAAAUAUGUCAAGUGUUUUUUAUUCACCAAGAUAAAGAGCUAUAUGAUGAAGAAACAGACUCUAAACUACAAUGCCGAGCCCUGAAUAUCACAGAAGAUUUAGGGCAAAUACAGUACAUUUUCUCAGAUAAAACAGGCACUCUCACCGAAAACAAGAUGGUUUUCCGAAGAUGCACUGUUUCGGGCAUAGAAUAUUCUCAUGAUGCUAAUGCUCGGCGAAUAGCCAUGUAUCAAGAAGCUGACUCUGAAGAGGAGGAAUCUGCUCCCAAGGGAGGGACAUUGUCUCAGCGGGGCAGUAUUGGUAGUCACCAAAGUGUCAAAGUUGUGCAUAGAACCCAGAGCACCAAAUCCCAUAGACGGACAGGCAGUCGAGCUGAAGCAAAGAGAGCCAGCAUUCUAUCCAAACAUACUGCUUUCAGCAGCCCGAUGGAAAAGGAUAUUACUCCUGAUCCAAAGCUAUUCGAAAAGGUAAAUGAAUGUGCCAGGUGUCUGGAGAUCAUGAGAAAUGAGGAAAAGUCAUUAAGCCAUCUCACCCCAGAACUUGCUGACAUAUUUGACUUCUUUAUAGCCCUGACCAUCUGCAAUACUGUUGUAGUGACAGCCCCCAAUCAGCCAAGGCACAAGGUGAGAGUUAGGUUUGAACUGAAGUCUCCAGUGAAGACCAUCGAAGAUUUUAUCCGUAGAUUCACUCCUAGUCGCCUGACCUCUGGAUCUAACAGUGGAAGCUCCUCUAGCCUCUCCACCAGCAAAUCAACCCAUAAAACAGGUUCCAGCUUCCUAUCCACACUGUCCACAGAGAGUACCUUGCUCAAACUUGAAGCUAGACUGACUCGCUCCUCCCCAAAGAUGAAUAACAAUGGCUAUGGUGUGCAGCCUGCAGGUGGCUGGACAACUGAGAAUGGACUCAAGGAAGGUGAACUUCGUUAUGAAGCUGAGAGUCCUGAUGAAGCUGCUCUUGUCUAUGCAGCCAGAGCCUACAAUUGCUCUCUAGUAGGCAGGCUGCCGGACCAAGUUUCUGUAGAACUCCCUCACUUGGGGAGGUUAACCUUCGAACUUUUACAUACACUGGGCUUUGACUCCAUCAGGAAGAGGAUGUCAGUGGUGAUUAGGCAUCCCCUCACAGAUGAAAUCAAUGUUUACACCAAAGGAGCAGAUUCGGUGAUGAUGGAUCUUCUUCUACCUUGCUCUUCAGAUGAUUCAAAAGGAAAGCACCAAAAAAAAAUUCAAAGUAAAACUCAGAAUUAUCUAAAUCUCUAUGCUGUGGAUGGACUACGUACCUUAUGUAUUGCCAAGAAGGUUCUAAGUAAAGAAGAGUAUGCCUGCUGGUUACAAAGCCAUUUGGAAGCAGAAUCCUCAUUGGAAAACCGUGAUGAGCUGCUGUUCCAGUCUGCAAUCCGUCUAGAGACCAAUCUACAUCUAUUGGGUAGCUCUGAACUAAGUCUCUUUAGACAAUGCCCAACUUUUGGCAAUGGGAACCCUUUCCCUCAAUCUCCUUUUUUGUUUUGUUUUGUUUUUCCUCAGGAAUAUCAGCCCCAUAUGUUUUGGAUGAACAUGAUUGAUGCUGUCUAUCAAAGCCUGGUUUGCUUUUUCAUCCCUUACUUAACCUAUCAUGACUCUGAUGUCGAUCUAUUUUCCUGGGGGACUGUCAUCACUACAAUAGCUCUCUUCACCAUCAUACUACAUUUGGGCAUUGAAACCAAAACCUGGACUUGGCUCCACUGGACAGCAUGUGGCUUCAGUAUCCUUUUAUUUUUCAUUGUGGCUUUGGUGUACAAUGCCUCUUGCUCAACGUGUUUUCCUCCAUCUAACCCUUACUGGAUUAUGCAAAGGUUAAUGGGUGAUCCCAUGUUUUACUUGACUUCUAUUAUAUCAUCUGUUGCUGCCUUAUUGCCCCGAUUUUUUUAUAGAACAUUCCAAGGGACACUCUUCCCAACCCAGCUUCAGCUGGGGCGUCAAUUGGCUAGGUGGACCCCAAAUGACUUGGAUGUUCAUAAAGACACCAUUUCUCAGCAACAUCCCACAAGAGAGCAAGAACUACAAAGCUCAGCUUCCAAGAGCAGUGAUACCUCUGGACCUUAUCCUCAGGACCAUUCUUCACUAGCAUCUCAAUCUGGACAUCAGCCAGUUUCUGUAACAGAGUCACAGACUGGGCACAGGACAGCAAUUGUGAAUGCACAGCCCAUGGCCCAUGAUGCUGUGAUGGACAGUUUAAGGGGACACUCUCCAGUGCCCCAGAGAACCGAAGGUUCUGUCCAAGAGGGACCAUCUGGUGAUUCUGAAGGGGAAUCCUCCACCAGAGAAGCAUCUCCCUUGUCCUCGGUUCUAGACCUGCCAGACUUCAGUUUACUAAACUGGUUUUCCUCCACACCAUUGUUUAAUGGAUUUGGAAGAGCCUUUCGCCUCUCUCAAAGUAGUUUACAAACUGACAUGCUAGGCAGCACAUUUUUGUCCGUUGGCUCCCAGCUGGAUCAGGACUUAAAGGGUUUAAAAAGAGAGACCUCAGACUGCUUCCAGGAGAAAGUUAAAGGGACUACAGCUGUUUGCCGCAAUAGUGAAAAUCUUGAAACAACCUUUUUAUAACAUGAACUUUAAUAAUAUUUAUGUUUUCUAUUUGCACAGAAGAGUUAUAAUAAAAAUGUCUUUAAAUGUUUCCAGGGUUGAAACAGGAAAUUAGAGGUACCAAAAAAAAAGGUUUAUUUUUGAAAUUUUAAGUAGAAUAUAUUGAAAAAGAUCAGAGCUUUAAAAUAUAAAAAAAUUGCACUUGAAAAUUACAUUUAAAUCUAUUUUUUCAUCUCAUUUUAUAAGAAAAUGCAGUAUGUUUUGUUUCCUUCAAGUAUGUUUUACUUAACACCCUGUCCAGAAUUAUAAGCAUUUUACGUAGUACCAUGGGCAUUGGUUUUCAUGGCUUUUUUUAUGGUGACUAUAUAGAUGUUCAUAAAGGAGAGAUCAUUCUAGACACACAGCAAAUACCACCAUGUAUGUUAUUCAUCUCUUCACAAAGGGAAAGGUAGGUAGAUUUUGAGGAAAAUGAAAAACAUGAACACUCAUUCCAUCCUCUACUGUCAUUCAGGUAGCUUAUAAAUGUCACAUUAUGAGUAUUUCAUCCCCUAUGUAGUCGUACACAUGUUUAAAACUAUAACAAACAAUAAAUAAGUUCAUAUUGCAAAGAAAGAGUGUUCUAUGUUGCCAUUAGUCAGUUUGCACAUUUAUACUUUAAGGUUAUAUUUUAGAAGUGGCAUAGUAUUCCCAGACCAUUGGUACUUUUAUGUAUUAUGGUUUGGUAAAACAGAAGGUUCUAGGGCCAUGUGACCUCUAGCAAGCACUUAACCUCUCUGGGCCUUGGUUUCCCCAUCUGCAAAAUAAGAGGAUUAGACUCAACUUCCUCCAAGGUCCCUUCUAGCUCUGAAUGUGAUCCUAUUACACUCCAAUCAGAAUCAUGUUCUAAGUCAAGUCAAGUCAACAAGCAUUUAUUAAGCAUCUCCUAUUUGCCAAGCACUGUGUUAAGCCCUGGCAAUACAAUGACAGACAAGAAACAGGAAAUAAGAGUCUAAUGGGAUAGACAAACUGUAUAAACAAAAUGUCAAAGUAUAGAAUAAAUUGGAGAUAAUUUCAGAAAGAAAGUGGUAAGAUUAAGGAAGACUGGGAAACCUUUCCUACAAGAUGCUAAAGAUGAGACUAGCCAAGACUUGCCCGAAGUCAGGGAAGCCAGGAAGCAGAGAUAAGGCAGGAGAGUCUUUGACAUGUGAAGGACAGCCAGCAAAAAUAAGACAUUGAAUUGGGAGAUGGGAAUGUCAUGUUCAAGAAACAGCAAAGAGGCUAGUGUCACUAGAUCAUAGAAUAUAUGGAGGGGAGUCAACAGGUUAGAAUUUAGAGAGGGAAGGGAGCUUAGGGCUAAAUGAUUCUAAAUUCCUCAUUUAUAUAGAAAAAGGAGCCCCAAAAUGCAUCAUGUCUUACCUAAGAUACUUACUACAAAAGUAACAAGAUGAGCUCUAAAAAGAACACUGGAAUUGAAUUCAAAACUUGUUGAAGCCUAGAAAGUAGGCAAGGGUGAUACAGAGAGUACAAAUAAUUCCACCAUUAUUCUAGGCUUAUACUGUACUGAGGAUGGAACCCUGGAUGUGUCUAUUUCCAAGAUACCCUGGAUUCAUACCUGUACAAAACUACUACCCCACCAAGUCACCAUUUGGGGUCUGAUCUGAAUUCUGACUCUCCAUCUAGUUCCACAAAGUGUAUGAUGCCCAUUUUCUAUGUCCUUCUGAAGAAGAAGCUGAUCCCAAGAAGGCAGCAUGGUCAAGUGGAUAGAUAAAGAGGGGGCUGGACUCAUCCUCCUCCAAGGUCCCUUCUAACUCUGAAUCAGUUAUCCUAAAUCUAUGAUCUUAUUAUAAUCCACUCAAAAUAUGGAUCAUGGCUAGAAGGGGAGGCUCCACAACCCUGGAUUUCCCCUGCCCCGAGUUUUCUCAUUUCCUGAACUUAACCUUCUUUACAAAUUACAAACUCAUUCUCUUUUCCCAAAUGUACCCUAAGAAGAUCUACUUAACACUUACACAAGUAAUCCAGUGGCCCAGGUUUAUGAAAAAAAAAAAGAAAAAAGAAAAAGAUUAAUUUAGACAAGGAGUAACUAAAAUAGAUAUGAUCAGUAUCCCAUUAGAUAUAAAUCUCUCAGGGAUGAGUAGAUAAGGGUUGCUAGGACACAUCAAAAACACUAUAAAGCCUGGAUUCAGAUGUCACUUCCAUCAUUUACUGCUUCCUUAGGAAACUGCUUUCACCCCUCUGAGCCCCAGCUUCCCAACCUAUAAAAUGGCCCAUGUGACCUCUGAGGUCCACUUCGUCUCCUAUGUGUAGAGAAUUGAAGUAUAUUGACCUACCCCUUGGGCCCUAGGCAAGAUAAACAAGUUAUUUGCCAAGUAAGAGUAUUCUCACUUAAUAUUGAUUGGAUCUUUAUGGGCCAUUCCUAGAGCUCAGUAGUGUUUCCUCUAAGUCCCAAAGGGAGGCAAACCCAGGAAACCCCAGCUACUCCUCAAGUGCAAGCCUAGGAUAAAGUGUCUUAUUAUAUGACCUCUCCAGCUGAUUAUCUCCAGUUUAUGCUGUCUAGAUCUUGUUUGCAUAUAGUUGUUGUCAUAUUGUUUCCUACCUUAGACUGUGAGCUCCUUGGAGUAAGGACUGUUACUUUGUCUUUCUUUAUAUCUCUGUGGUUCAGCACAUAGUAGGCACUUAAUAAAGGCUUAUUGGCUUGA